CAAAAUUGUUGCCUGUGCCUCCUGUAACUGAGCGAAGGUUUGCUUCAUCUGUGCUCUCUAGUACAAAGAUAUUUUUCACGUCUUCCUUUUUGCUGCUCCGCUAUCCGUAGUAUCUUUAUUCAAUUAUUUGUAUUUAUUAUUACACACUAGUUUGUAACUUCUAGUGCGUUAAAGUACUAGCAGUUAAGUUGGAUUAAGUUAGCACAAACAUGUUUCUCAUGUAGCGAGUAGUACAGGUUGUGACAUUCCAGGAUGUAUAGGGCACAGGGACUUGCUUUACUCUCUGCGAUAAAUCUUAGGAUCGGGGAACAACGGUGAUAGAUGGUGAACAGGCACUGGAGUUGGUGUAUUCCGUUUUACUGCAUGUGUUGAUAGUUUUGCUCAGCGAAUUUAAUGGUUGCUGUGGAAGGUAUUAAUGCUUCCCUGGAUGCGAGAGAAAAUAUAUGGGAUCCGUCGAAAUCUGAUUAGCAUUUUAGACCGACGUUGUGAUACUGUUCCAAGAAAUCAGAUAUUCGGACAGCGAAUCAUGAUUGUAUCCGACACCAGUAUGUUUAGCAGCGGUCUGUUGAAGCUUCGUGUCAUCAGCAUCGAAGGUGGUGUUUGGAAUGUUGACGCUGCUUCAGAUAUGUCAGUGGACAAGUUGAAAACAAUGGCUCUGUGUCAUUUUUACAGUCCUAUAGAAUGUGUGAAAGUGACGUCAAAAUAUAAAUUUGUUUUAGUAUCUGAGAAGAGACCACUGGAUAAUGAUCAUUCCGUUUCACAAGAAGGAUUGAGAAACAAUGAUGAACUUCUUUUGGUCGAGUGCCGACAGCCACCGUCCAAAGAGCCCUUCACAGCAGACAGUGUGAGAGCACCCACGAUUGAAGAAAUCAGAGCUGCCACCCAGACUGUAGAGGGAAAAAACACAUUGACACUGAAUCCCCCUUUGGAAAGUACUGCAGAUUUUCAGAGCGAAAUUCGAAAGAUCCUGGUUUCCCUGGUACAAGCUUCUGCGCGUAUCCUUACGCCGAGUCCAAAUGCUGAUGAGGCGUUGAGAGUUACGCAGGAGAGACUGGAUGCGAAAGCAAACGCUCAUCCCAGUCGUAGAGCGGUCCAACAACUCGUGGAUAUGGGCUUUUCCGAGCGUGUUGCUUCUAGGGCCCUUUGUCAUAACAGAAUGAACCCCAGUGAGGCACUGGAAUGGCUCCUUGAAAAUGGGGCAGGGGAACAAUCGGAUGUCGCUACAGACCUGAACGUCAAGGCUGCCGCUAGUGAAGGUCGCCUAAGGAGACAGCAAGAAGCAGUACCUGGUGUUUCAGCUGAGAGCAAAAUAAAGAGGGCACAGUCAGUGGCUGCGUUACUAGAGUCAUUUCGGGCGUAUGUGCGACAAGACUUCAAGCCGAACAUGAAGGCACUACAGAACCUAAUGGAUAUGGGCUUCUCGGAGGAGGAUGCUCGAGAUGCGCUGCGUAUCACGGGAAACAACCAUUCUGCCGCAUGUGAAUGGUUGCUUGGAGAAAGGCGCGCAAGCCUGGAAGAUACGGACACUGGACUGGAUCCAGAGGGACCCAUUUAUAAAGCCAUAAUGUCAAAUCCAGCAAUCCAACUCAGCCUUACCAGUCCAAAGAUGCUUCUAGCAUUCCUGUCCAUGUUGGAGGUUCCUAGCAGUGCCAACAUGUGGAUCAAUGAUCCGGACGCCUCGCCCGUACUGAGCCAGAUCUUCAAGACGUACCAUGCGGAGAAGCACGCUCUGCAGGUGAACCGUUACGUGGAGCAGCAGCAGCAGGCGUGGUCUGCCAGAAGAUCCUGAGGGCGGGAUCUGUUGGAGAUGGAAUCUCUCCUCGUCCUCAGGUAAAGACCUACUCUGUUGGACCUGAUCAGUUUGAGCUAGUUCCCCAACUCCAGACAACAGCCAGCUGAUCUACCAAGAAGCUAACUAAGGGCGGAGUCCUGCGAAAGUGCAAGACUUUGCCCCUUGCUAGGUUACACCAUUCCCGCACUCAAGAAACAUUGCUGGAAAUGGUAAACGGUGCGUUAAGAGUAUAACGGGGGCGUGGUUGUGACAUCAGUAGCAGUGUACGUCGAAGCACGUAAACUGAACGGGCGAGCACGUAUCCGCCGUGUUCUAAUAUUCACGACAUAUUAGGUAUGAGUCGACAUGUGUGGUCGUGUUUAUGUUUGGGCCAGAAUUCAUAAAAUGAAGUCUAAAAAAUUACGAAAAUUUCAAAAGUGAAGACCAGUUUAAAAAAAAAAGUUUAGAGUUAAAAUGUGAAAGCAUGGAGGCAUUCAAAGAGAUGAUGGACGUAAACAAAUAUAAUAACAUUUUUUUUUACAAAAUAUAAGACAACGAAGAACGUUAUCUAGAACCAAAAGAAUAAGAAAUUAAGGGUUAGAAAUCAUGUAUCAUACAAAAUGAAAGAGUCUUAUAAAGAUAUUAUACUGAAUUAGGU